GGGUGGUGACAUUUCUAGAAACACGCCGAAAUAUAAGGUUAAAUAAGAUAGUAAAUAAACAAUACAGCCAAAUAUAUGACAUAAAAUAGCACUAAACAACAAUGAAAAAAUAAAACGAAGACAUUUUCAUUGAUGGUAUUUUUUUGGAUUUUUUUUGUAUUAUUUUGACAGAAUAUAUCGUAAAUGAAAGUGAAGAAUUUUCAAAGUUUUUGUUUUUUAUUAAAUUGAAAACAAAACUAAUGUUGUUAAGUUGAAUUUUCAGAGAAAAUUAUUUAUAAUAAAUUGAUUGACAAUUAUGAAUAUUUUACCCAAAAAGAGGUGGCAUGUUCGAACUAAAGAAAAUAUUGCCCGAGUUAGAAGGGAUGAAGCUAAAGCUGCUGAAGAAGAACUUGCCAAACAAAAACGACAAGAAUUAGCUGAACAAGAAGCACGAACUAAUUUACUUAGAAAGCGAGCAAAAGACCGAUUUAAUAAUGAUGAAAUUCCUGAUGAAAUAGAGGAAUCUACUCCAACAUCGGUAGGGCAUGUUAAUUUUUUUGCCGAAUUAGAAGAUGGAAAAGUUAGUCAUCAUAAACCAAAUAAAGAACAUGAAAAAGAAAAGAAAGACGAACAGGAAAAAUAUGAAAAACAAAUUGGAUAUUUAACAUAUUUAGGACAAGAUACUAACGAAGCUUUGGGUAAGAGAAAUUGGUACGAUGUUUUACCUGAAAAAGUGGAUGAGAAAACUGAAGUUGGAUUGGCAAAAAAAUUAAGAGAUGAUCCAUUAGGCCUAAUUGAUAAAUUGCUUAAACAUAAUAAAACAUCCACAAGCUUGAGUAAACCUAGAGAAAUUUCAUUUAUUCAAAGUGAAAGCAAAAGCGAAAAAGAGAAACGUAAACGAAAGUGUAGUGAAAGUUCAACUGAUGAAAGAAAAUAUAAGAAAAAAUGUAAGAAAAGUAAAAAACAUAAAAAGAAGCAUAAAAGACGACGAAGUAGUUCAAUUGAAUUGAAUCAUGAUGACUCGUAUGAAAUUGAAAAGAAAAAGAAAUUAGAACAGUUACGACAGGAACGUCUGAAGCGUGAACGUGAAGAGCGAUUAAAAACUGAGAAAUUGUUAGCUAAACUACGUGGAGAUGUCAUCGAAGAACCAAAAAUUGAUCAAACCAAAAGGAUUCCAAUCAAACAAAAAUAUAAUUCUCAAUUUAAUCCAGAAAUUGCAAAACAAAAUUAUGAUGAUCGAUAUUAGAUUUAAUUUGCUGUUUGUAAAUAGUUUGUAUUGUA